GCAUUUUGUGCAGUUCAGUGACAUCGGUGCAGUGUUUAAUCUUGGUUUUUCUCAAAGCCCAAAAUUUUAAACGACGCACUAAGUCGUAGAAGUGAAUUCCUUAAUUUGUACCUGUUAUAAAGCAGUGACUUAUGUUGAAAAGCUACAUAACAGGAAAAACGUGUAAUAACAUUCCAGAAAAUCCUUUCGAAAGCAUUUAAAAAGUCCCUUCAAUUGCGUAGUUAAGUUUGUUAUGUAAAUUAGAAUAAGCCUUGGGUGAGGUUGAUGCUACUUUUUUCAAUAAAUGUACUCCACGUAUGAAGUUUGGCUAAUGCUGUGCAGGAAGUUGUUCAGUAGAUGCAACGAUUAUUGUUGUGUGGGCCUAUCGAAACAGCAUCGAGCCACUUACUUUCACUGUCCCGAUGGAAGUUCCGAUCCUUUGGCUCUGCUAGUAAUUCGGAAAAAUCAGAAAGCCGAUUUCGCUCGCCAGGAACAGAUGAGCAUUGUGCGAGAAAUAGCUGCAGCAAGAGAGAUAGCUCACCACUGUCGCCGGAACAACAAUGUGUAUAGCCAACUUCAAGAACUAACCAGCUGCGGCUUCAAAGUUGACCUUGAAAAGCUGUCUCUGGUCCAGAGAAUGUUUCUCGAGAACCGUUACAUAUUUGAAGCAAUUGCAAAACACAUACGAGUGAACGAAUUGUUUACGGAAGUUCAGAUUUGUGGGAACCUUGAUCAGUUGGCUAGCAGCAGUAAGAACCGAUAUGAGCCGGAAACUUUAAGGCAUCUGGUUGAAUAUCUACUAGCAACUGAGUACUACGGUAAACCUCGUAUAUACACAGAUGCUAGUAAGUCAGUGGAUGGACGAUGCGGUAUCGGUGUUUAUGAUGAAACGAAUGAUACCCGUAUAAUGAUGCAGCUGAAGCUGGACACUAGUAUUAUGACAGCCGAAACAUUGGCCAUCAAGGUGGCGAUGAAACACAUAGAUGAGCAGUGUAUCAAAAAUGCUGUCCUAUUGACCGAUAGUCAACCGGCAUGUUUGUUUCUGAAGAAGAGUAAAAAUACUCGGGUGCGCAAUUCCGUUGCCAAUGAGAUCCUACGGUUGGCUCAGCGUAAUCGAACCACAAUUCAAUGGGUUCCGGGACAUAUCGAGCUUCCGGGGAACGAUUAUGCGGAUCAGUUGUCGCGAGACGCUCUGGGGACCGAUUUUAUUCUUGAGAAUAACAUUUUCGUCAACGAUGCUAUUAGUUAUUUCGAGGAACGCAAAGCCAGCAUCAUCAACAAAUGGUACCAGGAGUAUGUGCGCCAGAAGGGGAAAUCUUUAAAGCAGCUGAUAAGUGGGGAAGAUGAAAACGAUCCUUAUUGGUUUAUGGACGAUAAUUAUGCACAGUGAAUAAUGUGAUAUUUAUUUCUAAACGUUGUCCGUGAUUUUAGAGCAACACAGGCGAUAUCUUCAACAGUAUUCCAGAUGAUUGUGAACAUUUUUGAAAGUCCCGUCGUGGUUUCGUUAGAAGUUGAACGUAAGUGACGAAAACGAUUUGGGGAUCAGUUGGAGCUUAACCGCCAUUCGAGGAGGUGGCAUCCGUUCCGUGCUGAUCAACGCUGCGUGUGAGUGAUGAUGAUGACACCUAUUGAUGGGAUUUGACGUUGUCAUCUUACCUCCAUCAGUUACAGUACCAGUUGGGCCACUGCCUACUACUUUGCUGUGGUUGGUGUCGCGUCGUGUAUCACAACGGUUGCGAAUUUGUGCCACCCAAAGAGUGAGUGGAUCACUUGUUGGGAACGUGCUCACUCGAAUGUACUGAAUCAAAUCUAUCUACAACAACUUACGUAUAGUAGCUGAAUCUGGUGCGCAGGUUCCAUUGUAUGUUGUGCAGUCUGGUGUGAAUCGCGAUAUGAUAGGACUGUGGUCUGCGUGAGGGACUUUGGGCUACCAACAAGAGAUACGCCACCACAAUACGACCGACGACGACGUAUCAAGCAAUAAGAAUGAAUAAUUGACAUGAUACUCUGCUGGUGGAUCAGACGUCUCUGUGAGCACCGUUUAUAUAUAAAAAGGUGAAACUAAUCAACGCUUUCCUUCACUCGUUAUCAGCUGGUGCCCGGUCGUGGAGUGUAAAUUUUUUUCGAGAAGCGCAAUUUCAGACAGAUGGGAAACUGAAGAACAAAAUCGUUGCGGCGAAUAGGUAUAGAAUUCGGCGCGUCGUAAUUCGUCAAGAGUGUCGAGUAGGCUGUGAUAUGAUCGAAAGCUAGUAGCCAGUGCACAAGUGCAAUCCGUAGUUAUCCGUAUCGUAGAAAACGUAGUUUGUGAAAAAACGUCCAAUAACCAAUCACACAUAAGAAAAAAACCAAAAAAAUAAAAAUCUUCCAACAAAAUGGAUGUAGUCUACACUUCAGACAGUUGCGACAGCGAUUCCCGGGAGCAGAAAAUCGUCGACUUCGGCCAUGCCAACAAGCGACACCUGGACGACGAUCUGCUGGAAAUGUGUAAAACGAAGAAACUCUCCGACGACGUCGAAACGGUGCUGCUGAACCACAACAAUCUCUCAACGGUGCCAACGUCGAUUGUCGAAUUCAUCAACUUACGGGUGCUGGAUCUGAGCAACAACAAUCUGUACAGCAUACCGGACGCGAUCACCCAGCAGUGCCAGCUGACGACGCUGAUCGUCAAAAAUAACCGGCUGGAUAAUGGGUCCCUGCCCAAGAGUCUCCGAUCGGCCCAGGGCAGUGGACUGCGAGAGCUGAAUCUGAGCGGCAAUCGGUUCACCCACUUCCCGGAGCAGAUCACCGAACUCAAGACGCUCAAGUAUUUGUAUCUGGGAGGCAAUCAGAUCACCAACGUGUCCAAGGAUAUCUGGAAAUUGGUCAACCUGCAGUUGCUCUCGCUCGGUGGAAACUUGAUCGCCGAAAUCCCGGACACCGUCGGCCUGCUGAAUAACCUCCACGCUCUCGUACUCUGUGAUAACCAGAUCGAAGUGCUGCCGAGUUCGAUUGCCCGUCUGAUCCACCUCAAGUCGCUGCUGCUGCACAAAAACCGUCUCAAGCACCUGCCCCGGGAGAUUAUCACCCUGAAGAACUUGACCGAGCUCAGUCUCCGUGACAAUCCGCUGGUGGUGCGCUUCGUCAAUGAUAUGACGCUGAACCCGCCGAGUCUGCUGGAGCUGGCUGGCCGGGCCAUCAAAACCAGUUCUGUGCCCUUUGGGCCCGGAGAGCUGCCGCGCACCCUGAUCGAGUAUCUCAAGACGGCCAACUGUUGCGUCAAUCCCGAUUGCAAAGGAGUCUUCUUCGACAAUCACGUGGAGCAUAUCAAGUUUGUGGACUUUUGCGGAAAGUAUCGCAUUCCACUGAUGCAAUAUCUGUGUUCCUCCAAAUGUAUUGAAACUUCUGCGGAUGUGCACGGUGAGCCGAGCAGCAGCAUGAUGCGAAAGGUUCUCCUCGGUUAGUAGCAGCAUUUCAUCGUCUUGGGGGUUUGAGGCCGACGAACCCGUAGCGUGCCACUCUCAGGUGCAGAAUUGUUACUACACAUUGUUAUCGAUUUCCUCCUUCUGAAACAAAUGAUUUUCCAUCAAGAAUCGUGUUGUAUCAUUUAACUAUCUACAAUCGUACAAAAAAGUAAGAUUGGUUUCUAGAUUUGUUUCUUUUAAAAAGGAAAACUUUCCUUUGAAUAAACUUCUACCCACUACAUAAUACAGGUUAUACUUGCAGACUAAUUAAUUGUUAGAGAAUUGAUCAGAAAGCGAAUUAUUGUGUGUUAAAACAAAGUUGGAAAGCAAAGCGUCCGUAUCUAUACCUAGGUAAAUAAUUGUUAUUCGUAUUGUCAAUGAGAAGAAGAAAAAAUAUAAACACACAUGUUAAAUAUUGUGAUCUGCUCCUAGAGCUCUUAUAGUCGAACCAGGAUAUAAAUUCUGUGCUGCUGGGAGUUGUGACAUAGUCAUUCGAGCAACAAAAAAAAAGGAAACCGAACAAAUUUGAGUUGAUUUUAACAUUAAACAAACAAAGAAACAUAUUCUGCAGAGUAA